AGCGGGCGGUAUUAGCGUGUGCGGAGGUGGCUGCGCGGGAGCCGGCAGGCGGCUGCCAUGGGGCUGCUGACCGAGCUGGCCCGCGGGCUGGUGCGGGGCGCCGACCGCAUGUCCCCGUUCACCAGCAAGCGCGGCCCCCGGAGCUACAACAAGGGCCGGGGGGCCAAGAAGUUGGGCGUGUGCACCGCCAACAGGAAGUUCAUCCUCAUCAAGCAGAUGGUGCCCGAGUUCAUCGUCCCCGACCUGACGGGCUUCAAGCUCAAGGCCUACGUCUCGUACCGCGCCCCCGCGGGCUCCGAGCCGCCCAUGACGGCCAAGCAGCUCUUCACCGAGGUGGUGGCUCCCCACAUCGAGAAGGACGUGAAGGCGGGCACGUUCGACCCCAACAACCUGGAGAAGUACGGCUUCGAGCCGACGCAGGAGGGCAAGCUCUUCCAGCUCUUCCCCAAGAACUACGUGCGGUAGGGAGCGAGCGGCGGGACCUCCCCAUGGCCCGGGCAUGAGGCACGGCCCGCACCAGCUGCUCUGCAAAGCUUGGGAAUUGGAGGAUUAAACUGCGUUGGAUAAAGAAUGCCCGUGUACUGUGUGAGCGUCCAGUCUUGAUGGAGACUGACUGUCUGUCACUGGCCAUUAAAAGCAACUCCUUCCA